GUUGGAUCGGAAGUAGCGGUCACGGUGCCGGACCCGGCGAGACCACAAACUAUCGUAAACUGACACACGCCGAUGCCCUCCGAAAGCGAGAUCCGAGCCAAAAUGACAGUAAUAUCAGGGAGUUGAUGCGUUACUGACACCAGAUCAUCCAGGAGUAUUCCGGAUACGCCAUUUCCUUUGCCUCGGAUAAGCUGCCGGCACUGGCGGGCAUCGCGAGGGAAUACGGGACCGCGCAUCCGCAGCUGGGGCGGUACGUGGCCGGCAUGUGGUCCUCGACGCUGGUGCAUGACCUGAUGUGCCUCUCCAGCCAGGGGCGGAGGGCUCGGCGGAUUUCUCUCGCACCGGGCGCAGAGUUUCCGCCGUGGCCGUGGGUGUCGGACGGGCAUUAUAUCAAGAUGUACUCAGCGUGUCCGCGGGUGUACCCUGAUGACCUAGGAUUGGUGGGCAUUUCAGCCGCUCUUUUGGGAAAGGAUCCAUUUGGUGCCAUCCAGGGCAAAGCGAGCCUUGAGAUGGAGGGGUUAGUAGCGCAAAGAAAGUUCGUACAUGUCGAGCGCUCGGGGAGGAAAUACGCCGCGUUUCAGCCGCUGGCCGACUACGUUGCUGUCGUCUCGUUCCUCGCCGAUGACCCGGAUCUGGAAUCGGGAUUCACCGAGAUGGAGGAGGGAGCUGCGGUAUUCUGCUUGCGAGCGGAAUUCGUUUGAUAUAGGGGCGUACAUUUCUGUCUCGCGCUACGCCGGAUAAACGAUGGAUUUGAGCGGCUUGGCAUGUUUGAUCGGGACACGACGCGGGCAUGGAUGAAUGAGGCAUUUACGGGUGUCAAGGAGAAGCAGAGGUUUACGUUCAGGUCGAGAGUGCUGGGUAGAUGACGGCCAAAGGGUUGUUGUCGUCGGGAUUCUCACCUUGUCAUUUACUAGGUUAACGCUCAGCUAACUUUUGCUUCAACUGAAGCAUCAGUGUAAUUAGCACCUUGUGGAGUCCAAGACCCUUGCUCUACAAAGCCCAAUGACUUGGGUUUUGCUUGGGUCACGUAUCCAGACCUGCAAGCAAGCGAUUUGGUACCAGAACCAGUGUAC